AUUUUAUUUUAUAUUUUAUCUUCGCAUAAGCUUCUCAAUUCAUCUGCUAUAGCCAAUAAUUUUCCUACGCUUAAAAUGAAAAUCGGUGCUUUGUUGGUCAUUUUAUUUAUAAUAUGUUUGAUACCGUGUUCAAAAUCAAGACCGGGCAAAGGAAAAAGUCCCGGACCUCCUCCUCUCCCACCUCGUCCACCCAACCUCACUCGUCCACCCAAAACCACUCGUCCACCCAAAGUCAAUCACAUAGUAAGCCCGCAUCUAGAAAGAAAAGAUUCUGGGCAGCACGAGAUAAAUACUGUUAUUAAUUAUCCACGCCCUUAUGAUCGUAAUGUAGAGAUAUUUCUGGAAGAUGAUGAAAUAAAAGAAAAAAGUUCCGAAGUUCAGUUUACUACUGACGAUAACAAUAAAUCAGGUAAGAAAAUGUUUAAUAUUAGAAUACAGUAA